AUGUUGAAAUUACAGAACUGGAAAGCGAGAUAUGGUGUUAGUGAUAGUGCGUUCAAUGAUCUGCUCUCGACAGUUGGCUCAUUCCUACCUCAGGAUAAUACAUUACCUGUUAACUCAUACGAAGCAAAAAAAACUUAUUCGAAUUUAGGCCUUGAGUAUACAAAAUUCCACGCGUGUCCCAAUGAAUGUGUUCUAUACAGGGGUGUAUAUGAGACUGCUUCGGAGUGUCCAAAGUGCAAGCUUUCGCGCUGGAAGGUGGGUAAGGAUGGUAGAGAACGGUAUAAAGUCCCGGCAAAAGUUAUGUGGUACUUUCCGAUCAUUCCAAGAUUUAAACGGAUGUUUAAAUCUUCUUCGACAGCUGAGUUGUUGACAUGGCAUUCCACCAACCAAAGAAUUCCGGAUGGACAGAUGCGCCAUCCUGCCGACUCACCUUCUUGGCGGAAUAUCGAUUACAGGUGGCCUGCCUUCGGAAGUGAGCCAAGAAAUCUUCGACUAGCUUUGGCGGCUGAUGGUAUCAACCCACAUAACAAUGGGCUGACCAAUCGUUAUUCUUGUUGGCCGGUAGUAUUGGUAACAUAUAAUCUUCCUCCGUGGUUAUGUAUGAAGAGGAAAUUUAUGAUGUUAACUAUAUUAGUCUCCGGUCCACAUGAACCAGGUAACAACAUUGAUGUGUUCUUACAACCGUUAGUUGAUGAUUUGAAAAAGCUUUGGGAAGAAGGGCGGCUUUGUUAUGGACGAUUAAUGAUUUUGUCGGCGUAUGGUAAUUUGUCUGGCUGUGUCAACAAGGGUUAUUUGGGUUGUCCAGUGUGUGGUGAUGAUACCGUUGCUAAGUACUUGCCUUAUAGUAGGAAAAUAUGUUACCAAGGUCAUCGUCGGUAUUUACCUAGACAUCAUCCAUACAGGAAGAAUAAAGUAGCCUUUAACGGUCAACAAGAGUUUGGGCAGCCCAGGCCACCUCUUUCUGGACAAGAGGUGUUAGAACAACAAGAAAACAUUAAAUUUUCUUUUGGAAAUGAAGUAAAGAAGUCGAAGAAGGUGGACUGUGCUUGGAAGAAGAAGUCAGUAUUUUUUGAGGUAGAAUACUGGAAAUUCCAUUAUGUUCGUCACUGCCUUGAUAUUAUGCACGUGGAGAAAAAUGUCUGCGAUAGUCUAAUUGGGACGUUAUUGAAUUUAAAGUUCAAGUCCAAAGAUAGCGAGGCGUCUCGUCUUGAUAUGAUGGACAUGGGGGUUAGGACUGAUUUAGCUCCAGAACAAGGAGUCAAAAAAACUUAUCUGCCUCCUUCCUGUUUUACUCUAACAAAAGUAGAAAAAAGAAAAGUGUUGAAGUCACUAUCAUCAAUGAAGCUGCCAUAUGGGCAUUCCUCAAACAUCAGAAAUUGUGUAUCCAUGGCAGAUUUAAAGAUAUUUGGGAUGAAGUCUCAUGACUGCCAUGUACUUCUUCAACAAUUACUCCCUGUAGCUAUUCGUUCGGUGCUUCCGAAGAAUGUUAGAGUUAGCAUAAUAAGGCUUUGCUUCUUUUUCAACACUCUGUGCAACAAAAUUGUUGACGUGUCAAAACUUGAUAAAUUGCAAGCCGAUGUGGUAUUAACCUUAUGUGAGCUCGAGAAAAUAUUCCCCCCCUCUUUUUUCGAUAUAAUGAUACAUCUAAUAGUGCACCUGGUCAGGGAAUUACGUUUAUGUGGACCGGUUUUCUAUAGAUGGAUGUACCCAUUUGAGCGUUUUAAUAAAGUGUUGAAAAGUUAUGUGCGAAACCGUUAUUUUCCGGAAGGCUGUAUAGCCGAAGCAUACUUGAAAGAAGAAUCUGUAGAAUUCUGUGCAGAGUUCUCUAGAAAUAGUUUCACAACUGCUGGUCUGCCGAAGGACCAAGGCAAACUUUCUGGUCCACUUUCGGCUGCAACAAUAAAAUCUGUUGAAGAGAAAGAACGAGAUGAGGCGCAUUUACACGUCCUCUUAAACAACAGUGAAGUGUUUCCAUAUAUUAAGAUGCAUAAGGAGUUGCUUGAAAAACUUUAUGAGGGAAAGAAAAAGUCUAUUCAGUGGAUGAUUGGGGAGCAUAAUAGGUUGUUUGCUGAUUGGUUUCAGAACAAAGUUAUUACUGAAUUAAAUGAGAAAGUCGAAGGUGUUUCAGAAACGAUAAGGUGGCUAGCAGGCAAACCAUCAUUUAAUGUUUUAACUUUUGAUGGGUAUUUAGUUGAUGGGAUCCGAUACUUCACUGAGGAACGAGACAAUGCUAGGGUUGUUCAAAAUAGUGGAGUCUCUUUAGUUGCUAAAACUGUCCAAGUUUCGAGUGCUAAGGAUUUAAAUCCCGUAGAAAGUGAUAUGACAUUUUAUGGGAGGAUUCAAGAUAUUUGGGAACUAGAUUACCACUCAUUUAAAGACCCGUUGUUCUUGUGCAAAUGGGCUGACUGUGACAGAGGCGUCAAGGCUGACGAACUUGGCUUCACACUUGUGGACCUUAGUCGACAAGGCCACAAGAAUGACAAAUAUGUGUCUGUGCAUCAAGUGAAACAAGUUUUCUACGUGGAAGAUCCCGUUGAUUCUAAAUGGUCAGUCGUAUUGACCUCAACAAACAGAGAUUAUCACGAGAUCUACAAUGAUGAUGAUCUUGGAGAUACGAUCUUGGAGAACCCCCCAUUCUGCUCUAACAUCCCCAUUGUUGAUCUUGGUGUUGAUGACGACGAAGAGUCUAAUGCUGGCAAUAAAAGAAAGGAUGGCGAGGGAAUCUGGCUGAAGAAGUGA